AUGGACACCACUUCACAGCGAGGUGCCAGUACUUCUGUCGGCACGUCGCAGGAAGAGCGAGACCGCAAUGUGUUGCGUCUCGCUCCAGAAAAGAAGGCAUGGAUGCCUCCUAAAUCUGUCAUGGAUCACUUGUCGGCGACGACGAGUGAUCGUUAUCGAACACGAUUGUUCGAUUCGUCGAGGAUUCAUCACCUUGACCCCAGCGCGAAAGACUAUCGCGCUGAACAUGAGUUCUUCAUCGAUGCUUUCUUCAGACAUCGAUGGUACAGUGGGAAUCACAAACGUGAUGGUCCCUCACUACUUCAGGCGUGGAACGCCUACAUCCAUAAUCUCGAGGAUGUAGGUCGUGACGCUUGGAACGACAAACUUAUCAAAGCUCGUGAUAAGUUUGAAAAGCGAACCCCGACAGGUGCACGCUAUAAGCUGCAUCGUCUGUCAAGGGAGAAAGGAUUACCCUGCCUCUCUUGGGGAGACUCGUGCCCAUGUUGUGUGAACAACUCUGCACGAGCACCUAAGGAGGCUUACCUCCUUACCAGCCCGUGGUGGCGCGUACGUGUCUCUACUGAGAUGUACGAAGGGAUUGACAACCUGAAAUCCCUUUACGACCGUGCCGGGAAGACUUUCUCCGGCGGUCCUUCUGCGGCACAGGAUGUGUCGCGUCGUACUGCUCGACCAGACCCAGUACGUCAACCAUCAAUUGGGAGCGGGGCUCCCAAGAAUCCCAGGACGGGGGAUAGCCGCGCCACAGGACGAGGUAACUCGUCCGACGUCCGUUCACGUCGCGGUGGUUCAACAGCUGCUCUACUAGAUAGCGCUGGCCACCGCGAGAGUCCUCUAAUGGAGGUGGAGGAGGAGGAAAGACGCUCUCCACACGAUCAUGUGGAUCGGUGUGUUCCCGAGAGCUUCUUUGAUCGCGUAACGCAAGGGUUACGCGACGAUCUCGAGCAUGAGCGGAAUAGGCGUCUCCAGAUGGUGGACACUGCCUCGAAGCAUCGAGCUGAGUUUGCCUUUGCUCAGCUUGAGAACGAGAGAUCUCUGACAUCUCUUCGUGACGAGCUAAGGGUAGCUCGUGGGAUUGUUGACCGGUCUCGGGCUGAGAUAACUGCUCUUCAGACCCUUGUUGAUGCCCACCAUCGGGAGCACAAGGCUCUCUGCGAGAUGCUUGAGCGCAAGGGCGUUCUUCAUCGGAAGAAGCAGCGUACUGAUGGUACGGCUUAA